GAGUUUCGCUCUUGUUACCCAGGCUGGAGUGCAAUGGCACGAUCUCAGCUCACCGCAACCUCCUCCUCCUGGGUUCAAGCAAUUCUCCUGCCUCAGCCUCCCGAGUAGCUGGGACUACAGGCACACGCCAGCAUGCCCAGCUAAUUUUUGUAUUUUUAGUAGAGACGGGGUUUCACCAUGCUGGCCAGGAUGGUCUCGAUCUCUUGACCUUGUGAUCCACCCUCCUCGGCCUCCCAAAGUGCUUGGAUUAUAGGCGUGAGCCACCGCGCCCGGCCAAAAUCCAAUAUCCUUAAAAAAAAAAAAAAAUCUCAACAAGCUAGGCAUCAAGAAACAUACCUCAAAACAGUAAGAGCCACCUAUGAAAAACCCAAAGCCUACAUUAUACUGGAUGGGCAAAAGUUGGAAUCACUCCCCUCAAGAAGUGGAACAAUACAGGAAUGUCUCACCACUCCUUUUCAACAUAGUGCUGGAAGUCCUAACCAGAGAAAUCAGGCAAGAGAAAGAAAUAAAAGACAUCGAAAGAGGGAGUCAAAUUAUCUUUCUUCACUGAUGACAUGAUUCUAUACCUAGAAAACCUUAAAGGUUUCUCCAAAGGACUCAUAUACCUGACAAAUGACUUCAGCAAAGUUUAAGGGUAUAAAAUCAAUGUACAAAAAUUAGUAGCAUUCUAUACAACAAUGACAUUCAAGCUGAAAAACAAAUAAAAAUGCAAUCCCACUUAAAACAGCCACAAAGGGAGCCUUUAGAAGAUGGCUGAAUAGGAACAGCUCUGGAGCGCAGUUCCCAGCGAGAGCAACACAGAAGGCAAGUGAUCUCCACAUUUCCAACCAAGGUACCAGGUUCACCUCAAUAGAUUGGUUGGACAGUGGGUGUAGCCCAAGGAAGGCAAACUGAGGCAGGGUGGGGUGUUGCCUCAUCUGGGAAGUGCAAGGAAGGGGCAGAGGACUCCCUCUCCUACCCAAGGGAGGCCAUCGGGGACUUUUCUGGACACCCUGGCACUCUGGCUCAGAUACUACACUUUCCCCACAGUCUCUUCAGCCCACAGACCAGGAGAUUCCCACUGGUGCCUGUCAACACCAGUGCCGUGGGUUUCCAGCACAAAACUGAGUGGCCAUUUUAGUCAGAGCCUGGAGUGCCUACAAGGCAGAACCACCCAUUCACCUGAAAAAAGGGGGGCUGAAGGCAGGGAGCCAUGUAAUCUGGCUUGGCUGGUCCCACUGCCACAAAGACCAGCAAACUGAAACCCACUGGCUUGAGAUUUCCACAGCCAGCACAGCUUGAGAUUUUCACAGCCAGCACAGCAGUUUAAGCUCUAUCUGGGAUGGUCAAGCUCGGUGCGAGGAAGGGGAGUCCUCCAUUACUGAUGCAGUUUUAACCUUAAAUGUGUAAACAAAAUCGCAAGGAAGGUUACCCAGCAGUUGGGCAGAGCCCAUGGCAGCUCACUAAGGCCUCUGCAGGCAGACUGACUAGACUCCCUCCUUGCUGGGCAAGGCAUCUCUGAAAAAAGGCAGCAGCCUGUCAGGGACUUAUAAAUAAAGCCCCACCUUCCUGGGACACAGCACCUGGGAAUAAGGGCGAUUGUGAGUUCCACUUCAGCAGACUUAAACGUCCCUGUCCAGCAGCUCUGAAGGGAGCAACGGAGCUCUCAGCAUAGCACUUGAGCUCUGAUAAGGGACAGAGUGCCUCCUCAAGGGGCUCCCUUAUCCCCGUAUAUCCAAAGAGACACUUCAUACAGGAGAGCUCUGGCUGUCAUCUGGUGGAUACCCUUCUGGGAUGAAACUACCAGAGGAAGGAACAGGCAGCAAUCCUUGCUGUUCUGCAGCCCCCCACAGGUGAUUCCCAGGCAAGCAGGGUCUAGAGUGGACCUCCAGCAGUCCUACAGCAGAGGAGCCUGACUGUUAGAAGGAAAACUAAAAAACAGAAAGAAGACCGCCGAGACCGCGUCCACCCCGCGAACACAAAGCCUCGCCCUUGCCGUUCCGUCGCCCGUCCACACCCGCCGCCAGCUCACCAUGGAUGAUGAUAUCGCUGCACUUGUUGUCGACAACGGCUCCGGCAUGUGCAAGCCCGGCUUCGCGGGCAACGAUGCUCCCCGGGCCGUCUUCCCCUCUAUCGUGGGGCGCCCCAGGCACCAGGGCGUGAUGGUGGGCAUGGGUCAGAAGGACUCCUACGUGGGUGACGAGGCCCAGAGCAAGAGAGGCAUCCUGACCCUGAAGUACCCCAUCGAGCAUGGCAUUGUCACCAACUGGGACGACAUGGAGAAGAUCUGGCACCACACUUUUUACAACGAGCUGCGUGUGGCUCCUGAGGAGCACCCCGUGCUGCUUACUGAGGCCCCCCUGAACCCCAAGGCCAACCGUGAGAAGAUGACCCAGAUCAUGUUUGAGACCUUCAACACCCCAGCCAUGUAUGUGGCCAUCCAGGCUGUGCUUUCCUUGUACGCCUCUGGCCGUACCACUGGCAUCGUGAUGGACUCCGGUGACGGAGUCACCCACACUGUGCCCAUCUAUGAGGGGUAUGCCCUCCCCCACGCCAUCCUACAUCUGGACCUGGCUGGCCGGGACCUGACUGACUACCUCAUGAAGAUCCUCACCGAGCGCGGCUACAGCUUCACCACCACAGCUGAGCGGGAAAUCGUGCGUGACAUCAAGGAGAAGCUGUGCUACGUCGCCCUGGACUUCGAGCAGGAGAUGGCCACGGCGGCCUCCAGCUCCUCCCUGGAGAAGAGCUAUGAGCUGCCCGAUGGUCAGGUCAUCACCAUCGACAACGAGCGGUUCCGCUGCCCUGAGGCACUCUUCCAGCCUUCUUUCCUGGGCAUGGAAUCUUGUGGCAUCCACGAAACUACCUUUAACUCCAUCAUGAAAUGUGACGUGGACAUCCGCAAAGACCUGUAUGCCAACACAGUGCUGUCUGGUGGUACCACCAUGUACCCUGGCAUCGCUGACAGGAUGCAGAAGGAGAUCACCGCCCUGGCACGCAGCACAAUGAAGAUCAAGAUCAUUGCUCCUCCCGAGCGCAAGUACUCAGUGUGGAUUGGUGGCUCCAUCCUGGCCUCGCUGUCCACCUUCCAGCAGAUGUGGAUCAGCAAGCAGGAGUAUGAUGAGUCCGGCCCCUCCAUCGUCCACCGCAAAUGCUUCUAGGCGGACUGUGACUUAGUUGCGUUACACCCUUUCUUGACAAAACCUAACUUGCGCAGAAAACAAGAUGAGAUUGGCAUGGC